AUGUCGUCAGUGUGGUACUGCUGUGAAUGCAGCUUCGGUCCUCACAAUGGCGACCUCUACGACUCCUGCAUCUCGUGCGGCAGAACACGCUGCUCACUCUGUGACGAAGAGAAAAUCUCUCGACGCAUGUUGGCCGCCUCUCAUAGUCUCCCUCAUCUUCCCUCUCCGUACGCCGUCGCUGCCGCCUCCCUCGACGGAUCCCAGACUUUCUGCUACAAGUCAAAAGCGACGCCCUCGUACACAGAGCUAUUAGAGGAUGAGCCCCGGUUACGGCCACUAGAACGGGAUUCUCUCAUCACUCAUCCCGCCUCUUCCACUGCUAUCCCCGUUCAUGGCAUGCAGUCCUGCUCCGACACGUAUAUGUACAUCUGCUGCCAAUGUGACGACGGGCCCAAAGUCUACAACCACCAGCCCCAGUGUGUGGUCUGCGACCAUGAUGCGUGCAGCCUGUGCUACUAUGUCAAGUGA